AUGAGGGAGGGGAUGUUAAGGGAGGUGGAAGAGAGGUGGUUAGCGGUUCUGAGAGAGGACACCGAGCGGUGGAAGAGGGAGAGACUGCAUGAGGAGGAGCGGCGGCAGAAGGAGGAGGAAAAGAGGAAGGAAGCAGAGGACACCGAGCGAUGGAAGAAGGAGAAACAGCAGGAGGCGGAGCGCCGGCAGGAGGAGGCCAAUAGGAAGGAAGCAGAGGACGCCAAGAGACGGAAGGAGAAACAGCAGGAGGAAGAGCGUCGGCAGAAGGAGAUGAGAGAAGAGGGGAUGAAGGAGAUGAAGGAGGUGAUGAAGGUGAUGAAGGUGAUGAAGGAGAUGAAGGCGGGUAUGAAGGAGAUUAAGGAUGGGAUGUUAAAGCAGGUGGUAGAGAGGUUGACAGCGGCUCUGAGAGAGGACUCCGAGCGUCAGAAGAAGGAGAGACAACAAGAGGCGGAGCGGCGGCAAAAGGAGGAAGCAAAGAGGAAGGAAGCAGAGGAAGUCGAGCAACAGAAAAAGGAGAAACAACAGGUCGAGGACCGGUGGAAGAAGGAAGAGGCGAAGAGGAAGGAAGCAAAGAACACCGAGCGGCGGAAGAAGAAGAAACAACAGGAGGAAGAGCGGCAGCAGAAGGAGAUGGAGAAGGGGAUGAAGGAGAUGAAGGAGGUGGUGAAGGAGAUUAAGGCGGGGAUGAAGGAGUUUAAGGAGGGGAUGCUAAGGGAGGUGGAAAAGAGGUUGACAGCGGUUCUGAGAGUGGACUCCGAGCAGCUGGAGAGGGAGAGACAACAGGAGGAGGAGCAGCAGCAGAACGAGGAGGCGAAGAGGAAGGAAGCAGAGGAUGCCGAGCGGGUGCAGAGGGAGAAACAGCUGGAUGAAGGAGCAGCGGCAGCUGGCAGAGGCAAAGAGGAAGGAAGCAGAGGACGCCGUGUCAGAUGUAUAUGCCUUAGCCUAUGUAGGCUGUAG